AUGUCAUCCAGCAAAUCCUUUGAUUUCACGGGCCAAGUUGCCAUCGUUACCGGUGCAGGAUCUCGCAUGCCAGGGCCUGCAGGAGAAAUUGGCAAUGGACGUGCAACUGCGAUCCUGCUCGCCCGACAGGGCGCUAAGGUAGUCUUAGUGGACUACAACGUCGAAUGGGCCCAAGAGACGAAACGCAUGAUUGAUCUCGAAGGUGGCCAAUCAGAAGUUGUCCAGGCUGAUGUGACUGACGAGGAGAGCUGCCGAAGGGCUGUUGCGCGUACAGUUGGAAUGUUCGGGGCAGUAAAUAUUCUCGUCAACAUCGUUGGAGUCGGCGGUGCCAUGGGCGAUGCUACGCAGGUUGAUAUCGCCGCAUGGGAGCGUGAUCUAAGGAUCAAUGUAACGAGCAUGGUCUUGAUGAGCCGGCAUGCCAUCCCGGAGAUGAGAAAGUGCGGGCGCGGUGCGAUCGUCAAUAUGUCCUCCGUCAGCGGCCUCCUCGGGGGCAAUCCGAGCCUUUUGUACCCUACAAGCAAGGGCGCAAUCAUUCAAAUGACCCGAGCAAUGGCUGCCCAGCACGGCCCUGAGAACAUUCGUGUUAACUGCGUGUGUCCUGGGAUGGUUUAUACGCCUAUGGUGCGGGGAAGGGGCAUGACCAAUGAAAUGCGCCAAGCGCGUAUCAACCAAAACCUCCUUAAGCAGGAGGGAACGGGAUGGGAUGUUGGCUAUGCCAUACUUUUCCUGUGUAGUCAAGAGGCGAAAUGGAUUACUGGGCUAAUCAUGCCGGUCGACGGCGGGACAACGGCAGGAAAAGCGGACAGGCCAGCUCUGAAGGCUGAUACACUGGCAGAAAAGAUUUCGGGCAUCCCGAAUAAUGCAUAG